AUGGCAGACCACUACAAUAAGCUUGGUGGAGUUUUUGAUGACGAGAUGCUCCCUUCAUGGCGUUUCAGAGUGAAAAUACUCAGGGUCUACAAGUUAUACUACGAGAUUACCGGUCCCAUACCCUAUUGGGUUUAUGUUCUAGCGGAUGAACAUGGGGGCAAGAUUGAGAUGACCAUUGAUCCCUUAACCGCAGAAGAUUUUGAAGGACUAGAGAAACAAGAGGGAAAGUGGGUGGAGAUCUUUCGGGUCAAAUUUGACCGUGCCUUUCCAGGUCUUAGAGCAGGUCGAUAUAGACUAACUGCUAUGUGGAAUACAAAAUUCCAAAUCAUCUAUCCUCCGAAUAGUCGGCAUUACAUGGAAUUCAAGAAUAUCCAUCGAAUCGCUGACAUCAGCUACAAGGACAGAAACUAUCCUAUAGGUAUGAUUUCUAACCACUAA